AUGUCAGGUAAAAUAACUUGGCUAAUAAUAAUUGUUUAUCUAUUAAAUGUCAAUGUUAUUUUUUCUCAAAUUGAAGAUGAGGAAGAUUCAGGUAGUUUGUUUAAUGUUAACACUGCUACAAUGGAUGCUUUAUUUUCAAAUUUUGAAGAGAAAAAUGAUUUUGAUCAACAUGAAAGUAUUAAUGUACAGUCAAAAAAAUUAUCAACUACAAAUUUAAUUAAUAUUAAUAGUAGUACUAUUGUUUGUGAAGAAUUAAAUUUAACUACAACACUAGUACGUUAUUCUAAUUUGAUGUCUAGAAGAAAAACAUUUUUUAAUGGUAAUAUUGAUUUAUUAUCAUGCAGUGAUUAUUGUAAAAAAGGUUUAAUACCUUUUAGUUAUGAAGAAAAAACAUGUGCUGGUUUAAAUUAUUUUAAAAAUGAAAAGGGUGUUAAUAUAUGUCAAUUAAUUGAUAAAUUUCAAAUUGGUGAUUUGGAAAAAAGUGUUGAAGAUGAUAAUAUGAAUCAUUGGUAUCAAAAAAUUUGUUUAAAUAUAAAAAAUGAUUGUAAAAAUAAACUUAUUUUAUUUGAUGGAAUUCCUAAUCAUAAAAUAAAAAAUGGUAAUAUAAUAAAAGAGGUAAAAUUAAUAAUUGAAAGAUGUUUGGAGUUAUGCAAUUCUAAUGAUGACUGUUAUGGAAUAAAUUAUAUAAAAAAUGAUACUUGUCAAUUGAUAGCAUUAAAUGAUUUUGAAGAAAAUGAAGAUAUUGAAAGAGAUGCUAAUUUUAAUUUUUAUCGAAAUGAAUGCUCAAAAAGUAAAUGUUUAUUAAAUAGUCAAUCAUUUAUUUUUUAUCCAACAACAAGAAUUCAAUCUCCAAAAAUUGUAACUUCUACUAUUUCAUUGAAUGAAUGUAUGGAAAAAUGUAUACAUAGUGAUAUAAUUAAUUGUAGAAAUAUACAAUUUUCAAGAAACAAAAAUGAAUGUAGCAUGUAUGAUUUUAGCAUGUUAAAGACAAUGCCCAGCCAAUAUAUUGAUAUAUAUAAACCAGUUUGUUUUAAUAUUCCACUUAACAGAAAUUGCAAUAAACAAUUUAUUUAUGAGGUAAUUCCAAAAACAAGUGUUAAUGAUGAAACAAAUUUAUUAUAUUUUAAAAUUGAUGUUAAUGUUAAACAAUGUCUUCAAGAAUGUCUAAAUGAUGAAAGAUGUUAUCUUAUUACAUUUAAAAAAUCAUCUAAAAAAUGUGUAUUUUAUGGUGAAUUAAUAAAUCCAACAAAUUUUAAAAAAAUGGAAGAUUUUGAUUUAUAUAUUAUAAGUUGUGAUAAUAAAAAUAUUACUGAAAACAUAGAAAAAGAAUUUACAUCAACAACUGAAUUAACAAUUGAAUUAUUUCCAACCCCAACUGAUACAUUGAAUAAUUUUGAAUCAUCUUUUAAUAGUAAUAAUGACAAUUCAUUUAAAGAUAAUUUAGAAAAGAAUGAUGAUACUACAAUAAAAAAUUGUUCAUUCAAUCCUUUGUUAAAACUAGUUGAAAAAGGAAAAAUAUUAAGACAAGAGUUUAGAAUUAUUCAUCAAAAAGAUAUUGUUAAUGCUACUUAUUGUAGCAUACUUUGUAAAAAUUCAACUAUUAAUUGUAAUAUAUUUGCUUAUAGUGUUGAAGAUAGGCAUUGCUUUUUAUCAAAUUAUUUACCAGAUAAUAUAGAAUUAAUUAUUCAAGAUAAUGAUAGAUAUGAUAUUUGGAGUUUAAUGGAGGGUAAUAAUUGUUUACAAAAUAAUAUAGAUGAUAAAACAUUUGGUAAAGUAAUUGAUCGGACACCAAAAAUAUUUAAUAAAAAUAAUGAUAAUGACUUUUUAAUUGUUGAUGAUGAAAAAAAUAAAGUUACUCCGAAACAUCUUAUUAGAUUUGAAAAUACAACUAUUAAAGUAACUAGUAAUCCUAAAACAACAACAUUAUUAACUCCAUUUAUUACUACAACAAAUAUAAAAACAACAACAUUAAUGUCUACUUCAAUAAAAUUUGACAAUGAUAUCAAUAAAAAUUUAGAUACAAUCUUAAAAACAAAAAAAUUAUUUUCAGAUAUUAAUGAAAAUACAAAAAUUCUUCAAUUUCCAAAAAAAAAUAAUUUAUUUACAAAAAUUUUAUCAAAUAAUUUAAAAGUACAUGUUAAAUGCCAUCCAACAGGAGCAAAUGUAACAUUUAAUGUAUUAUUAAAGAAUUAUACUGGGGCAGUUUAUGCUAUAGAAAAAUUUUCAUAUUGUAAAACUAUUGUAAAUUAUUCAAACGUUUUUUCUAUAUUUAUUCCAAGGCCACGUUUUAAUAAUUCUUGUAAUAGUAUUGAAAUUAAUAGACAAUUGACCGCAAUACUUGUCAUGUCAAAUGAUUUAGUUAUUCCUUAUGACUUAACUACAAAAGAUGAUUUAAUAUAUGAAAUAAAAUGUGAUUAUAAUGAUAAUGAAACGGAAGAAAAAGUAUUUAAUGGCUCAGUUAUAGGUCAAAAUGAUUUAAUAAUUGGUGAUGAAAAAAAUAUCAAAGAUAAUAUUAAUUUUAAAAUUAUGAGAGGUGAUAAAUCAAUUGAUCAUGCAUUUGUUGGAGAGAAAUUAAAAAUUGCAUUUUUAUUAGAUUUUGAAACAAACAAUUUAAAUAUUAUAUCUUGUAAUGCUUCAAAAAUUGGAGAAACAGAUGGUAAAUUAAGAUCAAUUCCUUUAAUAUCAAAUGGAUGUUCAUUGAUACCACAAAUAAUUUCAAAUAUUAGUAUAGGAAAAUAUGGACUUGAAGCAGAAUUAAUUACUUUUAAAAUUGAUGGAAAUAAUUACAUCGAUAUAUCAUGUAAUAUCUUAAUUUGUCAUAAUAACUGUCAAAAAAAUUUAUUAUGUAAUGGAAACUUAAAUAAUACUAUAUAUGAAAAUGUUUCUAAAAAAAGUACUAGUGAUUUAAAUAAAUUAAAAAUUGUUAGAAAAAAAAUUCAUGUUUUGGUUGAUGAAGAAUUUUCAAAUUUAUUUAAUUACCAAUUACAUAAGCAAUAUGAUGACUUACCUAUUACAAUAAAUGAUACAUCAUCAACAUCAUCUUUGUAUGAUUUUUUUUAUGAUAAUCAAUGUAUUGAUAUUCAUAUUUUUGGAAUUUCAAUUACAAUUUUUUUAAUUAUAAUUAUAACUCUUAUAAUUAUAAUUUCAUACAGUAAAAAAGUUGAGCGCAAAAAAUAUGGUGUUGUAGCAUCAAAUACAAACUAA